AAGAGCACACUGCAACUCACCGAGCAGAGUUUGUUACAGGACACAUGGCUUUAUCUCGCCUGUGCCUCAAGAAGGCCCUCGCCGGCCGCGCGGCAGCUAUGGCGAGGCCAGCGUCAGCCAGUUCUCACGGAGGAAUGGACCUCCGGUCCCUCUUCUCCGCGGCAGCUGACAGCGCCGCGACCAGGGCUCCCCUGGAAGGAGAGACGAACCGUCGGGAGGUCGCCGUGGCAGACCGCUCCAGCUCUGCCACUGCUCGCGGCGGCCGUUGGCCUUGGAGAGACCUUCGGGACUUCGUCCCGUUCCGCCUCGUCAACGGGCUGGGGAGCGCGCUGUCGCACGUCGCGGAGACCCUGAGCCGGCCGCUGGAGCGGUGGCGGCCGCUCUUCGGGAAGGUGCGGGAGGACGAGGAGAGGUACAGGCUGCGGUUCGAGGUGCCGGGGCUGGGGAAGGACGACGUGCGGGUCACGGUGGAGGACGGCGCGCUGGUCAUCCGGGGCGAGAAGAGGGUGGAGGAUGAGCACGGCGGCGACGGCGAGUGGUGGUCGGCGAGCAGCUACGGGUACUACCACGCGAGCCUGCUGCUCCCGGAGGACGCGCGGGUGGACGGGAUCGCGGCGGAGGUGAAGGACGGCGUGCUGUACGUGACGGUGCCGCGCGUGCCCGGGAGGGAGAGGAGCGUCACUGAGGUGAAGGUGCAGUGAGAACGUCCGUCGGUCACCGGCUCACCGCAUAGUGUAUCAGCUGCGCGCACUGCUGUGCUGUGCAUGCGUGGACACUUGUCUUUGCUUAUCUGUGUGGAUAGUAUACCUGUGCACGUAUGCUCUUUUCAUCUUUUUCAAUUAAAUGAUGACCUACUACCUCUGUGCCAGUUUAUUAGGUCCCUCUCAUUUUGGGCUAAAG